AUGGAUGCGUAUUCGGGGUACAACCAGAUUCCGCUACACCUCGAUGACCACGAGAAAACCGCCUUCAUCACCGAGAAGGGCAACUUUUGUUACAAAGUCAUGUCUUUCGGUCUCAAAAAUGCGAGGGCGACAUAUCAGCGGAUGAUGAACCGCGUUUUUCAAGGGCAGAUUGGAAGAAACCUUGAGGUAUACAUCGACGACAUGAUAGUCAAGUCGUCGCAAAUGUCUGCACAUAUAAACGACCUCAGGGAAACUUUUGAGCAGCUGAGAGCUCACAGGAUCAGGCUGAACCCAGCGAAAUGCGCCUUUGGGGUACCAGCUGGAAGUUCCUGGGCUUCAUGCUUACCAACUGGGGAAUACUUACCCAAAUCGACAGAAAAGGCUUUGCCUUUCUUCAAGCUUCUCAAAAAGGAAGCCGAAUUCGGAUGGGGAGCAGAAUGCAAGAACGCAUUCGAAAAUAUUAAAAGUUGCCUGGCCACUCCUCCUGUAUUGUCCAAACCAGAACCUGGAGAAACGCUGAUCUUAUACUUGUUAGUCGGGGAAGAGGCCGUCAGUGCCGCCUUGGUACGAGAAAAUGACAGAUCACAGCAGCCGAUCUACUUCGUGGGUCGGGCCUUGCAAGGGCCUGAGCUUUGUUACCAGAAGCUCGAGAAAGUCGCAUUCGCACUGCUUACCACGGCGAGGAGGCUCCGACCUUACUUUCAGAGUCACCGAGUUGUUGUGCGUACGAACCAGCCCAUCAGGCAAGUCCUCCACAAACCGGACCUCGCUGGCAGAAUGAUAAACUGGGCAGUCGAACUCUCAGAGUUCGACAUUGCAUAUGAGCCCAGGCAGGCGAUAAAGUCCCAAGCGCUGGCCGAUUUCAUCCUGGAGCUAACCCCAUCCAAUGAAAAGGAAAAAGGAAAUGAAGAUUUCUGGGCAAUACGCGUGGAUGGGUCGUCUAACUCCAAGGGGAGCGGAGCCGGGGUAAUCAUUGAGACCCCGGAAGGAGUGUCCAUCGAGCAUUCACUUCACCUGGCCUUCUCGACUUCUAAUAACCAAGCUGAGUACGAGGCAUUUAUUGUCGGAAUCAUACAAGCAAGAGAACAUGAGGCCAGAAAAAUAAAAAUUAUGAGUGAUUCGCAGCUGGUUACCUCACAAGUUGAGGGAAAAUAUCAAGCCAAGGGUCCUCUCAUGAUGAAAUAUCUCCACCAGGUCAAGGAACUGCUAGCCUAUUUUGACGAGGUGAUAAUUCAAUACAUACCUCGGAACGAGAAUGACAGGGCCGACAUCUUGUCCAAACUUGCCAGCUCAAAGGGCCCAGGAAAUCAUCGCACCAUGAUACAACAGAGCAUUUUGGAGCCGACAUGUAUGAUGGUGAUUACCGAGACUGAGGAUUGGAGAAGACCCAUAGUGGCCUACCUGGAAAAAGGAAUCCUGCCAGAUGAAACGCAAGAGGCCAAAAAACUCGUGAGGAAUGCGGCCUGUUUCACCAUAGUAGAAGGGCAACUCUACAAGAAGGGUUUUUACACGCCCAUGCUGAAGUGCCUAGGCAAGAGCGAGGUCGAAUACGUGCUGGCCGAGAUUCAUGAGGGAAUAAACGGACAUCACAUGGGAGGAAAAGCCCUGGCCAGAAAGGCACUGAGGGUAGGAUACUAUUGGCCAACUAUGGAGGCAGACGCGAAGGAGCACGUCGAAAGGUGCGAACAAUGUCAGAAGCACGCGCUGAUCCUCCGUGCUCCCCCAGAGGAGUUGCAAAGUAUCACGACUCCGUGGCCGUUCUUCAAAUGGGGGAUGGACCUACUGGGGCCCUUCACUGCGGCUGAAGGUCAACUCAAGUGCCUAAUAGUAGCUGUUGACUACUUCACCAAGUGGAUCGAGGCUGAACCCCUCACCACCAUUACCUCGGCAAGGAUACGGAUAUUCUUUCAGAGAAACCUAAUUAGCCGAUUUGGGCUUCCUGCCAAGAAAAUAACAGACAACGGAACGCAGUUUGCUGACAAAAAGUUCCAAGAGUUGAUGACCGAUCUCAAAAUCACACACCGGUUUGCAUCACUCGAACACCCUCAAACUAAUGGACAGGCCGAGUCUGCCAACAAGGUGAUCAUCAAUGGGCUGAAGAAGAGGCUUUUCAGGCCAAAGGCAAUUGGGUUCAGCAGCUACACCUCGUCAUAUGGGGUUACAGGACGAGUGCCCAGUCUGCUACGGAAGAGACCCCCUUCAAGCUAA